CGAAGAAGAAAAGGGGGAAAAACGCGCACGAAAAUUGUUCUAGCAAAAGUCUUUCAAGGUACUAAAUGUUUUAAUCCGUUGUGUGAUCUUUUAUCAGCUUUUGAUCAACUUGUAAAAUAGAAAGCUUUCUGUCUCUUACCAGCAGACGGGUUUUUGUAGUUAGACCGAUGGGGAUUUCUUUAGCGCAGCUAGCGGGUUAGCUAACGUUAUUUAGCAGUCUGGGUAGUAUCUCCAGACACACUAUCAACAAUUAACUGUCGCUCGACUUGGACAGUUACACCUUAACCUUCUCAUGCUUGUGUGUUUAUUUUCUUAUAUUAAGUAAUUUGGAGAGUUCAUUGUACAAGAUGUAUCUACUCAAUCGCUUAAGUUUUAACCUGCAGCAAUUUACAUAAGACCUAUCUAGCAGGCCAUCUGCCUAUCAGUGUAACUUCAUUUUCCUCAUCAGUGUUUUUACUUUUCUCUCUGUGAAUAUUUUCCUCUGCAUCCUAUUGAAUUAGAAGACCAAGGCGGGAAAGGUAUGUGCAAUUGAAAUGUUAGCGUUUGCAUUAAAAUUCACUUGUUAAGCAAUAUUUUAAUUGUCCUGUUGGGAAUACGUAUCAGCUUUUGAUAGCAAGAAACUCACCGCCAUGCCUCCAUGUUGUCAAUCGUCCAUCUUUUCACAUAAAAUGUUUACCCAAAUAUUUCCUUUCUUGAAGAUGGGAGACAGUGAUGAUGAAUACGAUCGCAGAAGAAGGGAUAAAUUCAGACGGGAGAGAAGUGACUAUGACCGAUCGAGAGAAAGAGAGGACAGACGCAGAGAUGACUGGAAUGACAGGGAAUGGGACAGGGGCAGGGAGCGUCGUAGUCGUGGUGAAUACCGCGAUUAUGAUCGAGGUCGAAGAGAGAGAUUUACUCCACCCAGACAUGAUAUGAGUCCCCAGCAGAAACGAAUGAGAAGAGAUUGGGAUGACCAUGGCGGAGAUCCAUAUCGUGGGGGUUAUGACUUGGGUUAUGGUGGUGGAGGAGGGCCUAGCUAUGGCCCACCACAGCACUGGGGCCAUCCUGACCUGCACCUCAUGCAGCCUCAUCAGGGCAUCCCAAUUCAGGCAAGACUUGGUAACAUCCACGACAUGGACUUAGGUCCUCCCCCUCCAAUAAUGAAGAGCUUUAAGGAGUUUCUGCUGUCCUUAGAUGAUUCUGUGGAUGAGACCGAAGCAGUCAAGCGCUACAAUGAGUACAAGAUCGACUUCCGCCGACAACAGAUGCAGGACUUCUUUUUGGCUCAUAAGGAUGAAGAGUGGUUCAGGUCCAAAUACCACCCAGAUGAGGCCAGUCGACUCAAGGCAGAGGCCCUGAGUUCCCUGCACAAUCGUCUGAAUGUCUUUAUGUUCCUCAUGGAGAAUGGCUGGUUUGAUAAUAUCUCCCUGGACAUUGAGCAGACUCCAGCUAUUAUUAAGGUUCUAGAUGCAGCUGUGAUAAAAAUGGAAGGAGGGACUGAUCAUGAUCUUCGCAUUUUGGAUUUGCCAUCCGAAGAGGAAGAAGACAGGGAGAAGUCUGCAUCUGUUUCAGGGGCAACUGAGCCUCCAAAGAGAGAAGACCCCAAAACCAUUAGUGGAGAACGCAAAAACUUGGAAGAAAAAGACAAAACGGAGAAGGAGGAGAGUGAUGCUGCCGACAUAGACAGGGCAGCCAAAGCAGCAGAGCAGGACGUGAAAGAGGAAGCAGACAAAGAAGCUGUGAAGGAAGAAAUGCCUGAAUCUAAGAAGGCAAGAAGAAAGAGGAAGCGAAGCGGGGACAGUGACGAUGAAGCGAGCGCCUCAGAGAGUGAUUCUGACUCCGACUCCGACUCAAACUCCCACUGCUCUGAUAAGCCAGUGAAGAAGGAAGAGGCUGAAGACAAGGAUGAGGAAGAAGAUGAGGGUGAAGAGGAGAAACCAAAGGACAACUCUGAGGAAGACAAAAAAGAAGAGAAGAAACCAAAAGACGAUUCACCCAGACCCCGACCACUGCACAGGACUUGCUCUCUGUUCAUGAGAAGCAUUGCUCCGACCAUUUCCAAAGCUGAGAUUGUCUCACUUUGCCGUAGAUACCCUGGGUUUCUGCGUGUUUGCUUGUCUGAUCCUCACCCUGAACGCAGGUUUUUUAGGCGCUGUUGGGUGACGUUUGACCGAAGCAUCAACAUCAAAGAAGUCUGUUGGAACCUUCAGAACAUCCGACUGCGAGACUGUGAACUGGCACCGGGGGUAAAUAGGGACCUUGCUCGCAGGGUGCGUCACGUUAACGGCAUCACUCAGCACAAGCAGGUGCUCCGCAACGACAUCAAGCUGGCUGCCAAGCUCAUUCAUGCUCUGGAUGAAAAAGGGGAGUUGUGGAGCAGCAAAACCCAGGAGGAGGGGCAGAGCAGUGAUGUGUCAACUCAGAACCCCAUCAUGAAAAAUAUUACUGAUUACCUCAUAGAGGAGGUGAGUGCUGAAGAAGAGGAACUGCUGGGCUCUGGGAGUGGAAUGGAUCCUGAGGAGAGCACAAAGGAGGGAAACCCCACUGAAAUGACCGUGGAAAGGGAUGACAAACUAACCAAGGUUUUGGACCGUUUGAUGUUGUAUCUGCGGAUUGUGCACUCGGUUGAUUACUACAACACCUGUGAAUACCCCAGUGAGGAUGAAAUGCCCAACCGCUGUGGCAUGAUUCAUGUUCGUGGACCGAUUCCUCCCAACCGCAUCGCACACGGAGAAGUGCAACAGUGGCAGAAGAUGAUGGAGGAGAAGUUGAUUCCCUUGUUUAGUUUAAAAGAAGUGCUCUCUGAGGAAGAGGCUCUUAAGAUGGGCCGCAAAGAUCCUGAAGAGGAGGUGGAGAAAUUUGUGUCUGCCAACACACAAGAGUUGGGAAAAGACAAAUGGCUGUGCCCUUUAAGUGGCAAAAAAUUUAAGGGUCCAGAGUUUGUACGAAAACACAUCCUUAACAAACAUGGGGACAAAAUUGAGGAGGUGAAAAAGGAGGUGGCAUUCUUCAAUAAUUUCCUGAUGGAUGCUAAGAGACCAUCACUUCCUGAAAUCAAGCUUCCUCCUCUUCCAGGCCCAGGGCAAGGCUUGCUUUCUCCCACAAUGCCAUUUCCUCCUCAAGGUCCUCAGGGUCCAAUGGGCUUUGGCCAGCCUCGCCCACCGCUGAUGGGCUAUGCAGGUGGUCCUCCAUACCCACCUAACCAAUUUGUAGGAGGCAGAGGCAGCUAUGAUAACUUCCGUGGACAAGGUGGCUACCUGGGAAAGCCACGCAACAUCAGGUAAGAAUAUUAAUGUCUCGAGGUGAUCCACGCAACAUCAUCGAGUAUCGUGACCUAGAUGCACCGGAUGACAUGGACUUCUUUUAGAAGAUUCGUGUCCUUCUUUGGCUGAAUUUUGAAGUAGUCAGCUGAUCUCCUUUUAAUAAUAAUCAAAAAAACAAUUUUGUUGUACAUGUGUGUCCAGAAAAUGCGACUGUACUGCUGUAAACUGAUACCUCAAUAAAGUUUGGAUCAAAAUGCA